AUGGACACACGAGGGCAAGACAAGAUAGAGCAGAUCCCUCCAACCAUAGAGCCUUACAGUCACGCCAAGGCAGCGCUAGGCUUUGGCGCCAGAGCAGCGCCGGACUUUGGGCCCAUUGGCGCCAGAACAGCGCCAGGCUUUGGCGCCAGAGCAGCGCCGGACUUUGGCGCCAUUGGCGCCAGAGCAGCGCCAGGCUUUGGCGCCAGAGCAGCGCCGGACUUUGGCGCCAUUGGCGCCAGAGCAGCGCCAGGCUUUGGCGCCAGAGCAGCGCCGGACUUUGGCGCCAUUGGCGCCAGAGCAGCGCCAGGCUUUGGCGCCAGAGCAGCGCCGGACUUUGGCGCCAUUGGUGCCAGAGCAGCGCCAGGCUUUGGCGCCAGAGCAGCGCCGGACUUUGGCGCCAUUGGCGCCAGAGCAGCGCCAGGCUUUGGCGCCAGAGCAGUGCCGGACUUUGGCGCCAUUGGCGCCAGAGCAGCGCCAUGCUUUGGCGCCAGAGCAGCGCCCGCCAUUGGCACCAGAGCAGCGCCAGGCUUUGGCGCCAAAGCAGCGAUUUACUUUGGCGCCAAAGCAGCGUUCUACUUUGGCGCCAAAGCAGCGUUCUACUCUGGCGCCAAAGCAGCGUUUUACUCUGGCGCCAAAGCAGCGUUUUACUUUGGCGCCAAAGCAGCGUCCUACUUUGGCGACAUGUAUCAGCCGUAA